CGGCCCAAUGUUUUUGCACCCCCUGCAAUAUGGCUACGAUAACCUUGAAAAGGUCUAUUUUAUAACAAUGGUUACGACGAAGAGGUGCGUUUGGGGAACCUGCAAAAGCGAUUCGCGGUAUCCUGAUCGUUUAAAACGAGAUGCAAGUAGAAGUAAAGUAUUUUUUUUACAUUUUCUUGGGGAGAAAUACCAUAGCGACAAGCGAGAGCGCUGGAUUCGUGGAUUCGACUGGUGCAGCUUAAAAAAGAAAUUUCAGGGCUUCCAUUUACUACAUGUUUCGAAGUUCAUGUAUGAGAACAAUAUUUCUUCGUGUAUUCAUAUUUUUUAAGAGUUUGCAACAUCAAAAGUUCAAAGCAAGGCAAUCGAUCAACAGGGCUCAGUCACUCAAUACUAUGCUUAGUACUUUUUUAAAUAUCUAUCGGAGAAGUCUGGCUGGGAGAAUUGUACUUAGACUAAUUCUAGGCUAACUUUGUCAAUCCAAGAACACGUGCAGUACUGGUUUUUAUAAACCGGGGUAUUAUUUUUUGGGUACACUUGCAAAAUGUAUCAAUUCAGGAAGAAAUUCAGACGCUCAAAUGUCUUCUUUUACAAUAACAUGGAGAGGAAAGGAAACACACAAAAAGAUGAUGCGAAUAGCAGUGUGUCAUAUGAAUCUCAAUUUUUUGAACAAGAAAAUGAAUUUGGGGAUUUGAAUGAACAAAGUGAAGAUAUUGCUGAAAAUUAUGACAAGCACCAAGAGUUAACCACCAAAACACAGCACCUAUUGCUUGAUGGCUACAGUUGGAUAUUGUGCUGCUCAUGUGAUGCAAAUAGAAAGCAAUUUGUUGAAGCCCUACCUAAUAAUAUACAAUUAGAUCCUCAAAAAGAAUCCACAUCCAUGAUGCAGUCUCUUUUCAGUGAUCAUUCCUACCAUGAGAUGCAACCUGAAGAAGUAUAUUUUGGUAUGUGAAAAUAACUUUUUUGUACAAGUACACGUAUAGUUUCUCAA